GGCCGCCGCAACCGUAACGCCUGGAGCCAAUGCAGGCGCCCGCGCUCCCCCGCUGGUCUCGGGCGUCCGCGGCAGCUGCUUGCUCGCCUGCCCGCCCAGCCAGGACGGCGCGUCCAUGAACUGCGAGGUGGUAGUGUUGUACUUUGCAAGAAGUGCCGAAUUAGCUGGCGUCCGCACAGAGACCAUAUCUGUGCCCCAACAGAUAACAUCUCUGCAGCUGUGGGAAGAAAUUGUGAAGAGACAUUCGAGACUUGCUGCUAUCCAGGAUCAAGUAGUCUUUGCUGUGCGGCAGGAAUACGUAGUUCUGGGGGAUCAGCCGCUGGUCCUCCACUCGGGGGAUGAAGUGGCUGUUAUCCCACCUAUUAGCGGAGGUUAACUCUGGGAAGACAUCCCCAGAAAAAUCAUGAAUGAAGGUGAGGAAGAGCCCAAGGACUUUUUUCAGCUGAACGAUGAGAAGCUUUCGGCAGAUGACAUUUCAUCACGGGUGAUCUCUCCCUGCUGUGGGGCUGUGUCUUUGUUUGUAGUGCUGUGGUUGACAGUCAUUGGCUGGCCCAAAGUGACCUUCUUGACCCUGUGGAACUAGAACCUGGCUCUCCCAAGCCCAAGUGCAACACUAUCCACUAAUCCAGUGUUUUUCAACUUAUUUGAAGAACUGUUCUCUGUGUGGAAAAUCAGUGCGGAAACCAUUAAUAAAUAUGUAUCAUUUAAUACAUUUUAUUUGAACAAAAUGUUACAACUAAUGUUGCAAUGAUAAACUAUUUAUAAAUGUAUUAAUGAACCUAUUUAUAACUUAGUAACUAAAUAAUACUCAACUUACUGAAUACAUGCUAAAUUUCAGUAUAACAUCACUAACAAUACAAAAAAAAAUUAUACUUCAUUUUAAUGACUUGAAUGUGCUUGUCUUUUGCCACAAAGAAAAUCAAAAUUUGGUCUUAUGGAUGUCAGUGUUGCAAGCACAUUUCUUAUUCUGCAUCCCUUUUAUUCCUGUAUAAAACCUGUGCGAUCAUUAUUCUGUGCAAUCUGAAUCUACUGCAAUGAAACCACUUUGGCUUUAUAAUGAA